GAAAGAAAAAAGCGUUUAUUUUUGAAAAGAGAUAAUUGUUCGGUUAAACCAGCAACUUUGUUAAUUUGGGCAAAGAGUCCUUGGGAUGCUGGCUCAUUCUUCGCUUGUCAAUGCUUCUUAUCUGAUCGCACAUAA